AUGUCCCGGUCUCCAGCCCCCGCCCUCUCGGGCCUUCUGGCCCCCACCCCUGGGGACUCAGGUGUCCUGACUCCCAGCCCUCCCCUCUGCAGUGACGCCCCAGCCCCCAGUUUCCCAGGGCUUAGGCGUCAGGCCCAGGCUGGGCGAGGUAACAGGUUGUGCCGGCCGCGCCGCAGGUACGGCUCCGGGUUUCUGUUUACUUCCCGGCCCGCCCCUGGGACCCAGAGCCCGCCGCUCCCCUGGGGCGCCCAGGCCCGGCGGCCCAGGGGCUCCGGAGGGCCCGACGCGCGGGGCUUCCCCGGGAGCUCCCCCUCCGCCUCCGGAGGCCCCCAGCCCCUUCCUCCAAUACACACACACGCACACCUGUUUCUCCCCGCCUCCCCGCGCCAGGUGCAGAAGCCCACACCUGCCUGCAGGACCCAGGUGUCGCGGUGGUCCCAGCCCAGCCGGAGGUGUCGGGGCCCCCAGCCCCCCUACCCUCGGCCCCAGGGUCUGAAGCCCAGCCGGUCUUCCUCUCCCCCGGCAGCCUUCGGCUUCCGGGCCCCGGGAGUCCGGCAGCCCGCCCCGCUCCCGCAUCCCUCCUUUCGCGCCGACACCGCCCGGCCCAUCCUGCCCGAGUCUCGAAGCCCCUGCCGUCGGCGCCCCGCCUGGGCUCUCACCCGCCGCUGCCGGCCCGACUCCGACUGA